CUCAGGGCGGCAGCGGCGGCACCGGGAGGGCCGGGCCGGGCCGGGCGGACCGAGGGGCCCGCGGGGCCCGCGGGAGCGGCGUGAGAUCUUUGAAACACCACCGAGACUUGGUCACCAGGGGGUGGAUUGCUGAGGAUACUGCUCUGCCCUCUGCACUCAGGACAUGUAUGGCUGAAGGGCUCAGCCCCUUCCCUGGCUGCAGGGCAGCGCUGUUCUCCUUCCCACCAUGUGACCUGGCACACCUGCACAGCAAAUAGCUGCUUUUUUCAAAGAAUGAGCACAUGCCGAUGGUGCACACAGAGUGGUGCUGACACCACCGAGUUCCUGAAGCACUAUGCUGCUCAAAGGCUGUCCCAGGAAGAUUUUGAAGGCUCCAAUGAUGACCUCUGUUACUGCCUGGAGUGUGUGGUUGAAUAUCACAAAGCAAGAGAAGAAUGUCCAAGAUUGCACGAGGACCUGUGGGACUUGGAAACCUCCCGCCUCAUUGCCCACAUGGAGAAAUCCAUGAAUGAGGAAACAGGAGAAGAUGAGCUGUUUCUGGUUGAUGAGCAUGGGGAGACACCUCUGUCUGGUUAUGUGGGCCCAAAUUUUGAGAACAACCUGCGAGUGCCCCUGCUGGAAAUACUGAAAUACCCAUACCUGCUGCUGCAUGAGAAAGUCAGUGAGCUGUGUGUAGAAGUGCUCUGCAGAAUGGAACUAAGUCAAGACUCCUUUCAGGUCUUUGAGAAGUACCCAGGAAUUUAUCUCUUCUUGGUACACCCAAAUGAGGUGAUUCGUCGAUGGGCCAUCCUAACAGCAAGGAAUUUAGGAAAGGUUGACAGGGAUGAUUACUAUGACUUAGAGGAAGUGCUGACUUGUUUGUUCAGAGUUAUUGAGUUGGGGCUUUUUGAGAACCCAGAUAUUUACAGCUCUUCAAUGUUUGAAAAGGGUAAACUCAUCCUUCUGCCAGCUCAUUUGUAUGAUACAGCUAACUACAAGAACUAUUGGCUGGGAAUCUGCAUGUUGCUGUCAGUGCUGGAAGAACAAGCUAUGGACUCUUUGUUACUGGGCCCAGACAAACAAAAUGAUUUCAUGCAGUCUAUACUUCACACUAUGGAGAAAGAAGCAGCUGAUGAUUCCACUGACCCCUUCUGGCCUGCUCUACACUGUUUCAUGGUUAUUUUGGAUCAGCUCGGGUCUAAAGUUUGGGGUCAGCUGAUUGAUCCUGUCCAAGCCUUUCAAACCAUAAUCAACAGUGUCAGCUACAACAAUGAAAUCAAAAAUAUUCGCAGUAGCUUUAGGAGGACAAAAGCUGAACCAGAGUCAGACUAUGGUGAUGACAUAAUGUCUUGCAGUCAGAUUGUGUAUAAUUAUAACACAGAAAAGCCUCAAAAGGAUGCUGGCUGGAAGGCUGCCAUUUGCCCAGAGUACUGCCCCAACAUGUAUGAAGAUAUGCAGAGCCUGGCUAACAUGCUUCAGUCUGACAUUGGCAGAGACAUGCGUGUCCAUCACAGCACGUUCCUCUGGUUCAUCCCUUUUGUUCAGUCCCUUAUGGAUCUCAAGGACUUGGGUGUAGCCUAUAUAGUAGAGGUCAUCCACUACCUCUGCUCAGAAAUCAAAGAUAUUCUCAUCGAAAGAUUCCAGGAGUGCGACAAAAUCUCCGAGUUCUUCCUCCUCAUCUUGGUGUCCAUUGUUGAGCUGCACAGAAGCAAGAAGUGCCUGCAUUUGCUGUGGAUCAGCUCCCAGGAGUGGGUGGAGGCAGUGGUGAGGUGUGCCACGCUCCCAAGCAGAGCCUUCACUCGGUGCAGCGAGAAGGUGCCGGGGCUGUUUGCCAAGGGCUCGGCUGCCGGGUCCUUCCAGGCGCCCAGCUCGGUGCAGCACGCCUGCGUGCAGCUCAUCCGCAGCCUGCUCAAGGAGGGCUACCAGAUCGGCCAGCAUGCCCUCUGCAAGCAGUACCUGGACAAACUCAACCUCCUCCUGCGGGGAAAUCGAGCUGUGGGCUGGCAGCUGAGCAGCCAGGAGACUCAGGAGCUGCAAAUGUGUUUGAAGCAAGUUAUAAGAAGUAUAAAGGGCAAAGCACUGAGCACCUCUUUGGCUGGAGGGAACGGUUCAAGCUCAACAGUUUUGCCGACUGUCUCUACAAAGCAGGAGAGGAAUGUGUGUGAUGAUGGAUACAAGACGAGUGGACAUGAAAGGAGGGACCUUUAUUCACCAUUUGCCAUGUCAAAGGAAGGCAAAGAUUGUCAAGAGAGCCCUUUCUAUAGGAGAAAGAAUGCCUGGGAAGAGGAAUGUAGAGAUGCAUGUAGAAGUUCAACAUCUUGCACAUCCACAGAAGGCCUCUUGGUGAAUAUUAAAAAGGAGCCUAAUGACUUGACAGCUCAGGAGUUUGUCUUCCCACAGAACUCUUUGGCAACAAAAGUAUGUGGGAAAGUUCAGGAAAAUAGGAGCUCUGAUCUUGUGGCAGGGAAAUGCAAUAUGGAUGAUCAGUACUUCAAUUCAAAUACCGAGCAUUCAGAUUUCAGGAGAGGCAGAGAGUUAGAAGUGAAACACAAAGCAGAAUCCAAAACACCACCGUAUCCAUCUGCUCAGACUCAUCUUGAUUCUCCAUCUUCAAGGAGUUGCAAAAGUAUGCAAGAGACAAGUGCAAACAGUGUGCUCCAGUCCAGACUGGUCCCCACUAAACAGAUGUCCAAGGAAGCAUCACUGGAUUCCUCUAACUCCUCUAGAAAUGAAGCUGGUGUGCAAGGGAAGGAAGAUGACAGUAGUUUACUUUUAGGGCGUAAUGACACCUUGCUGAAAAAGGUAUCAACAGAAGAAAAAUCGGGUGCAUCAUUGCUGUCUUUCUUUAAGAGGAGCACUGAUGUGCAAACUUCAAACCAGGAGCAGCCUCAUUUAAAUGAUUUGGAUAAAGAUGACUGCAAAAAUCAAUUUUCGGAGACCUUUUGUAGGGAUAAAAUUUCAGCGUACGGUUGUUUUCCAUUUAGCUCUGAAAACAAGAGGGAUAUGAUCAGGCCACUGUCAGUGAAGCAUGAAUCAAGUGACAGGUUGCUUGAGUUUUCAGAAUAUUUCAGGAGGGAAAACAGUUCAGUGGGGAAGAAAGAGGAGAAUUUUGUGAAGACGGUUUCUAAAGAUGAAGAUUUAUCAGACUCCCAGGUUGAUAGAGAACUCAGUAAAUUAUCUUUAGCUGCUUAUGCCAAAAGUGUUAAUUUUCCCAUUGCAUCCAACCAGGAAAGCUCAGUGUACCACAAUGUGUCUGAUAUUAAAAGGAAAGUGAAAGGUUCUGUAAGAUCUUCCAACGAGGGCCAAAGUACCAAGUGUCCCAGUGCUGGAGAUCCGCCUUGCAAUCAAGUCAUUGUCAUUUCAGACUCUUCUGAUGAAGAAAAAAGUGUGGCUGAGAAGGAGAAAACAAAAACCAAGAAUGAAAAUGUGUGUGCAGAGCCAUCUUCAACUUCCAGCAGCACUUCUGAUAGUGACAAUAAAAGAGAAUCAAAGUCUCCAGGCUCUCCCAUGUUACUGGAUGACUGCGAUUCUCAGUACUUUGAAUUUGAAACAGAAGAUGAGGUUUUCUCGGCCUGGCAAGAUACUCAGGCGUAUGCUGUGGAAGCAACUCAGGAAUAUAAACGAGAUUGUGUUUCACCAGCACCCGAGACAAGUAAUUCAGAUGACUGCCUGAAUGAUAACUUAAAUGACUGGGGCUAUGAUCUGCAUUACUUUAGUGAUGACACCAUGGAAGAGGCAGCAAGCUCAAUAGAAAAGCAGACAGACGAUACUUCUUAUCAGAAAGAGGCUGAUGAUACAACAGAGGUGACUAAUUCAACCUUGGAAGAAUCAGUUGGCAAGGAAGAGGCAAAAGGUCAACUGGAGAAAUAUGCAGACAAAGGUGCUGGUAAAGGCUUCACCCUGGACUCAAAAGGGCCUGAACCCACAGCAUCUACAUCUCCCAUCUCAUUAGCUUCAAAGUUGGCCCUUAAGAAAAAGAGCACAAGCCCACAGAAGACCACAGCAAAAUGUAAAUCAGCACUGGCUGUUCAGAGAAGUCCUAAAAAACCUCCCGUUGUUAAAACAGCCAAAAAUAAAACACUCCAAAGCACGACAGAACGUUCUCAGCCUGGCAGAUCAAUGCCUGCUGUGGUUCCUCCAAGGAAGGUCCGGCAGAGUCCUGCUCCAGCCACAACUGCAGAAAAGCUUGGCCUAAAGAAGGGCCCCCGCAAGGCGUUCGACCUGUCCCAGCCCUCCCUGGAGAGCCUGGCUCUGCUGCGCAGCCACGGCAAAGCUGCAGGCAGGAUUGGAGUCACGCAGAAAAAGAGAACCAAACAGAUCGAGGCUCAGCGUUUGUCUGUGAAAGGUAAUAAAAAACUGCUAGCUUGCCAAGACCGGCAGUAUCGAAGGCCCAAAAGAAGUGUGAAAAAUUCUGCAGGAAGUUUGCAGAGUAGAAACAAAGUUACCAAAACGUGUGCAAAACCUGUGGAACAAAAGCCUCAAAGUUUAGAACUGGCAGCUAUUAAAGAAUCUGUUGAAUACCAAAGGGAGAAAAAAGAAGAGGCUGCUUGUCCUUCUGCCAGUGAGAGAAAAUUUGAGAGCCUCUCUGUGGAGGAGGUGGCAGAUGCCUCUAAAAUGCCUCAUUCUUCAGACUGGAACAGCAAAUGGAAGGGUGACAGUGUCGUGGUUCCUCCUGUCCCAGUGGAUUCAAGUCUCUCUUCCACUGCACUUGAAGGUGAUAAAGAUGAGUCUUCAGGAAAAGGUUGCACUGUCCUGCCUGAGUGUGAGAUGAAAACUUCAAAGCAAAAUGGGUGUAAAUCAGAUGAAAGCAGUGACGAAGGUGAUGAUAAUCUGUUUUUAACUCAGUUAGAUCCUGUGGAUAUGGAGUUAUGUUCUCAGGAGGAAAGUGUUAAUGAUGCUGCUGUAGGUAGUAAGACCCCAGAGGAAAUGGAAGUUGAUGAAAGCCUUCAGCAGAACGAACUCUCAGCUGUUGUGAAAUGUAAGGACAAAGACUGUGUGGAGCAGGUGGAAAAACCUGGAGAGUACUGCAGUAAACACCCAGCCACCAGCCCAGGGGCAGAUCAUGUGUUUGCCAAGCCUUCUCUCCCACCACCUAAAAUAAAAAAGCCUUCCACUACCAAAAUUUUCAGCUCAGCGAGUUCUUCACGGAACGCAGCCUUCAGCAAAGACCUGGCAGAUGUCAGAAAGUUGCCCCCACCUUCAAAAAGCAAAGUGAACGUGGCCAAACCGGCCGUGGUCAGGCCACCGCUGUAUCCAAAACCUGCACCAGCAGACAAUCCAACCUGCAAAUCUCCAAGUUUCCAACCCCUUAGUUCCAGUAAUGUUCUCCAGUCACAAAAUAAACACUAUGACAAUGCUUCAAAUAUUUCCAGGAGGCCUGGCCGAGAAACCUCCUCCUCUUUUCUUGGCCAGCAGCGCGAUUACAGCAUUUUUGUUAACCAAGUCCUAAAGUGGACUUAUGAAAUGUUUGCAAACUUCAGCUACUUUGGGACUCCAAAUCAUCUUCUGCAGACCAUAGUAGCCCCUGUUCCUCCCCAAUUUCAGGGCUACAAUGAGUAUUUUGACACAUUUUUUCCCUUGAUGAUGCUCAACGCCUUUGAAACACUGGCACAAGAAUGGGUAGAAAACCAGAAAGUAAGAGAGAAAGGUUAUUACUUCUACUUAGAGAACUUUUCUGCUGACAUGAAAACAGCACAUUUUACAGCUCAUCUACGAGAGAGUGAUUUGGCAAGGCAGCUUCACCCGAAGGAGGAUGACUUAAUCCUUUUGAAGGUCCACAAGGAGAAGGACACUUUUGGGGAAGAAAGUGGGAUGGAGUACCACACAGUGAAUCAUGUUGGCCUUGUAACACAUUUUGCUCGUGCAUCUGGCUAUGCAAAUAGACAAAAAGAGCAGCAAACUGCCUGUCAUCUUACUGUGCAAACCCAAGGCAAUUUGUCAUUCUUCAUCCGUAAGCAAGUGAAGUGUGUGGUGGUUGGCUCCCUGGUGACCACACACAGAAAGUUCAAAGGUCUCCUGCUGCUGAGCAGGAGCCCCCUGGUUAGACCCAUCAUAACUCCAAGUUACAAUGACUUCUGUCCCAGAGAUCUGCCUGUCGCCUCAGGGAGUGCUGUUUCAUAUAUGAAUGAAUACAAUGAAGAUCAGAAGAGAGCCAUUGAGACAGCUUAUGCCAUGGUAAAGCAGCACCCAGGACUUCCCAAAAUCUGCCUUAUCCAUGGACCACCUGGGACAGGGAAAUCAAAAACCAUUGUGGGACUCCUGUCCCGUGUUUUGAGAGAAAACACUAGGAAUGAGAAAACAGCUCGGAAAAAAAAUUCCAAGAUUAAGCCAAACCGUUUUCUAGUGUGUGCACCAUCAAAUGCUGCUGUUGAUGAACUCAUGAAAAAGAUCAUCAUUGCAUUUAAGGAAAAAUGCCAAAACAAACAGGAGCCUUUGGGAAAUUGUGGUGAUAUCAAAUUAGUGAGACUUGGUCCUGAAAAAUCAAUCAACAAUGAAGUGCGAGGAUUCAGCCUGGAUAAGCAAGUUGAACACAGAAUGAAACGAAAGCCAGGUGACUGUGACCAGGACAUUCAGAAGAAGAAAGAAGCUCUGGAUCAGAAGCUGGACAUGCUCUCUCGAGAGCGUGCCAUGCACAGAUGUGAGAAGAGAGAGAGUCAAAUGUUAAAUUAUGAAAUUGGCAGACUUGCAAAGGAGAGACAACAACUCGCUUCUCAGCUAAAGGAGGUUCGGGUGCACUCCCAGAAAGUGCAGGCAGACAUCAUCCUGGAGUCUGACAUCAUCUGCUGCACGCUGAGCACCAGCGGGGGGAGCCUGCUGGAAUCGGCCUUCUCCCGGCAGGGGCUCGAUCCCUUCAGCUGUGUCAUCGUGGAUGAGGCAGGGCAGUCCUGUGAGGUGGAAACACUGAUUCCACUGAUCCAUCGCUGCAAUAAACUUGUCCUCGUUGGAGAUCCCAAACAGCUCCCUCCUACUGUCAAAUCAGUAAAAGCUCAGCAGUAUGGCUAUGACCAGUCUUUGAUGGCCCGUCUGCAGAGGCACCUGGAGGAGCAAGUGCAGAGGAACAUGCUGCACAGCCUGCCUGUGGUGCAGCUGACUGUGCAGUACAGGAUGCACCCAGACAUCUGCCUCUUCCCAUCCAACUAUGUGUAUGGCAGGACUCUAAAAACUGCCAAGUCAAUAGAGGAGAACAGAUGUUCUUCAGAAUGGCCAUUCCAGCCCUACCUGAUUUUUGAUGUAGCUGAUGGUCGUGAGGAGCGAGACAAUGACUCUUACAGCAAUCCUCGGGAAGUGAAGCUGGUGAUGGAGUUAAUUAGAACAAUUAAAGAAAAAAGGAAGGAUCUGGGCCUUCGUCGCAUUGGAAUAAUUACCCCUUACAGUGCACAGAAAAAGAAAAUUCAGGAACAACUGGACAGUGUGUUUAAGAAUAACAGCCCAGGAGAAGUGGACACAGUGGAUGCGUUCCAGGGCCGGGAGAAGGAUUGCAUCAUCGUGUCCUGUGUGCGGGCAAACAGCUCCGAGGGCUCCACUCUGCCACACGUGCAGGGAAACAGCACCAAGGGAUCCAUUGGGUUUCUGGCGAGCCUCCAGCGCCUGAAUGUCACCAUCACUCGAGCCCGGUUCAGCCUCUUCAUCCUGGGCCGGCUGCAGACGCUCAUGGAAGAUAAUAACUGGAAUCACUUGAUUCAGGAUGCUCAGAAAAGAGGUGCCAUUAUUAGGACAACAGAAAAAAAUUACAAGAAAGAGGCUCUCAGGAUUUUGAAGCUCAGGCCACCAGGACAGCCCCCAGCCAAAGGAGGGACGAUGACAUCUCCUGUGGUGCACGCUGGUUCUUCCAGUGGCAAGAGAAGUGAGCCUGGAAAUUCUGGGAGCAGCCCACGGGAACUUGCUGCUGGCCCUGGCCAUGCAGUGCCCCAAGGAAGCCGAGGGCCCACACAGCCUGCAGGGACUCCAGCUGCAGAUUCCAACAGGGGCAGUGCCCCUCCAGCCAUGGGGGCUCCAGCUGCAGAUUCCAGGAGGAGCAGUGCCCCUGCAUCUGUGGGGGCUCCAGCUGCAGACUCCAGGAGGAGCAGUACCCCUUCAUCUGUUGGGACUCCAGCUGCAGAUUGCAGGAGGAGCAGUGCCCCUGCACCCUUGGGGGCUGCAGCUGCAGAUUCCAGGAGAGGCAGUGCCCCUGCACCCUCAGGGACUCCAGCUGCAGAUUGCAGGAGGAGCAGUGCCCCUGCACCCUCAGGGACUCCAGCUGCAGAUUGCAGGAGGAGCAGUGCCCCUGCACCCUCAGGGACUCCAGCUGCAGAUUGCAGGAGGAGCAGUGCCCCUGCACCCUCGGGGGCUGCAGCUGCAGAUUCCAGGAGAGGCAGUGCCCCUGCACCCUCGGGGGCUGCAGCUGCAGAUUCCAGGAGAGGCAGUGCCCCUGCACCCUCGGGGGCUGCAGCUGCAGAUUCCAGGAGAGGCAGUGCCCCUGCACCCUCGGGGGCUGCAGCUGCAGAUUCCAGGAGAGGCAGUGCCCCUGCACCCUCGGGGGCUGCAGCUGCAGAUUCCAGGAGAGGCAGUGCCCCUGCACCCUCGGGGGCUGCAGCUGCAGAUUCCAGGAGAGGCAGUGCCCCUGCACCCUCGGGGGCUGCAGCACUUGGUGCCAUUCCAGAGAAGCCACGGGACCCGAGGCUGGCGAGCCUGGCCAGUCGAACUGAAGGCAAAGGCAAGGAGCAGCCCUUGAACAGCCCUCGCUCAGCCCAGAGCACUCCAGGAUCAACAGCCCAGCAAGGCCUGCACGUGUCCUCAGCUGCCAGGGAUCAGGUGUGCAGAACAGAAAAUGCCAGGAAGGCCCAGCAGACAGCAGGACAGUGCAGUGUGCUUCCCUCAGCCCAGCACGAGGGUGACCGGAGAGCGGCCGUGUCCAAAAGUGGUUCCAGAGCCCCCAGUGAAGGAGGUCAGAGCAGUGGCAGUGAGUGGAACAAGGACUCUCGUGGUUUGUCAAGGAGACCAUCCCAGGAAUCACCAGAGAGCACAGAAUCAAGCUCUGCCAAGAGAAGAAAGUUCUUUCACUGACUUCACUAUCAGCUCAUUACUGAAAAUCUAUUCCCAGAUUUCUGUCUAGCAAGGACUGUAUUUUCAAUUAUUUAGCACAGCUGGAACUCCCAUCUAUUGAUACCACUAUCAGAAGAUCUCUUUCCCAUCCUGUCCCUAAUUGUGAAGGGAUUUAAUACCUGACAGAUGGUACCUUUGAGGUUUUGAAAAGAGAAGUUGGGUAGCUGCAUUGCUUGGAAGAGCAGUGGGUUUAGUUAUCUAGGAAGCUGAGGUUGUAAAUGUUUAACAGUGUAUAUUUGUACAGUAUACAGAAUUAUUUUAAGAUAUUUGGCAAAUAUAUAGCUUCUUGUUUUCUUGUGUAAAUGCUAAUUUCUUAGAGAUGUAAUUUUUUAUGAAGAACCAGAGUAAAGCAAAAACAAAACCCAACAAUCCAACCCCAAAAUCCAAAAGACAGACUUCUUUUCCCUUUGCACUAAUAUGUCUAAUUUAUUUCAUAGCAAAACUGAAUGUUGAAAAUGUGGUACCAGUGGUUCUUGCUAGUGCUCCACUACUGCCUCAGGGAAAAGUGAGGCAGAUGUACAUUGGUUGAAUGGAGAGAAUUCUACUUAUUUUGUAUAUUUUAUUGCCUGUUUUUAUAGGAAACAGAAGAGUUUUUGUUUAUACAAACGUGCCUUGAGUUUUGCUCUUGCUGCUGCUCUAUCAGUUGGAAUCCCUCUCUUGUUGCAGUGGCAACACAAUCUGCAGAUUAAAACCUGUGAGGUCUGUUUGGUCCCACUGUGUCCUUGUGAGGAGGAAUCAAAAGCACUGUGGAAUCUUGGUCCAAGAUCUAGUUAACAGUUAUUGGUAAUGUCACUUGAGUUUCUGUGUAUGAGAUUUUGGAGAUCACAGGGAUGAAAAGGGCAGGUAAAUCUUGCUUGGUGUUACUGCUGGAUUCUUUCCACUGUGCUGGUGAAGAACAUGCAGCCAGUAAAAGAGGAUGGCUAAAAAACCAAAUUAUUUUUAAGAAAACCUUCCUCACAUCAUAACAUUUCACAAUAAAACUGGAAUUAUUUCUACUAAGAAUUCCUUUGGGUCACUGUGAAGUAUCACUGUCUGUUUUGUGGAGCUUGUCUGUGUCUCAGGAGGUGAAGAGCAGCAUUUCACAUGCACUGAGUUUUGUGUGGAGAUAACCAGGGCUCAGGGAGUGCAGGAGCUGCAGGGUUGGUACCAGUUAGGUGCACGGAGUGGGCCAGGUUGUGCCAUCUCCAGGUGUGUUCAGGGACAGCCUGAGCAGGGAGUGUCCUGCUGUCCCUUGUCACAGCAUUGUGGCAGUGGCUUUGCUGGAGCCACGGUUUUUAGGCAUCAUCUUCAGUUCCAUUUUGUUAUUGCAGGGAUAAUUCCAGCUUUGUCCUUUGAACCCACUGCCAGGCAGGGCUGUGUGACCCAGCUCAGGGAGACACCAGUGCCUUACUCUGCCCAGCACCAGGUGCUGGUUCAGGCUGUAAUUGCCAGGAAAACUCUCAUCCCUAAUGCACCCACACCCCAAACAAACAUGCUUUACUGGUAGGUGUGUGGGGAGGCUUUUAUUGCUGCCUGGGCCUGUCCAGCUCGUUGUGCUGUGCAGGACUGAGUGUUUCAGUGUAAAUGGGGAGAAUCUGGGAGAUCCUUGUGAGGUGAGAUCAGCAUCUGUGCAUUGUUCAGCUUUAGUUAUUUGCUAUGUUGCAUUCUGCAUCCUUCAGUGACCCCCUGACUCCUGGCAGCCCUGUGUGCUCUUCUCCAGCUGCUGAGUGGCUCUGACCUUAACAGACUGGACAUUUCAGUCACUCCCCAUCACAGACUCCAUGCCCUGUGUGUUAUCCCCCUUUAUGUUAAUAGGAAUACUUAAAAACUGUCAUCUUCCAAGCCCCUUGGCUCUUGUUGGCAGGGCUGUGCUGCCCUGCCUGCUGUUUGUACUUAGCACAUUAAGAGGCUGCUGCUCUGCAAACCCCAUGGCUGUGGAAGCCAUUUGGACUGUCUUGAUGUAAAUAAAGUGAAGCUGGCAACAAAAUGAAUAAGGAAAUGCUUUUCUGGUUAUUAAAUGCAAUUUGGUCACAAGAA